AAUUUGCUCAACUUAAAACAUUAGAAACUAUUCGCCAACAAGCAAUAUAUAAUCUAAAAUUAAAAAAAGAAUUACAGGCAUCAAUUAAAAAUAUUCAAGAAAUUUUAAAUGAAAGAACACAACGACUUAAACUUCAUGAUAAUUAUUUUCUUACUGGAAAUACUGCUAUAGAGAUAGAAAUUGAAGAAAUUCUAUUUACAGAUAAAGAACAUUAUAAAGAAUUUGAUGAAUUAUAUGGACAAUCAACAAGUGAAGAAUAUCGGUUAUUACAACAAAAAAUUAACCACGAAGAAUCAGAAUCUCAUACUGGAAGAUUUAUAAAUACAAAAAUUCGACUUCUAGUUUGCUGUGAUUUUUGUGGAAAAUAUCGCUGCAUUUAUAGUGAUAUAUCUUUAAAUAAAAAUGAUACUGAGACAAUUAUACAAUACCUUGAAAAUAUUUCAUAUAGUUGUAGAUCUCCACUUCUUCCAGAUGAACACUUACUUUCUAAUCAACUUUAUAUAUGCCAAGAUAUUACUUGUGAUUUACCCAUUGAGCGAAAUUAUUAUUCAUGUCGUAUAAAGGAUGUAAAUUUAUGUUAUUGGUGUAGAGCAGAGGAUGGUAUUUUAGAUCCAUCAAAUGAGUUAAAAUCACAAUUUAAAUUUAUUUACCCACUUUGCAUAUCAUGCAAUGCUAAUGGCCGUGAAUGGUCUACUCGUGCUCCAAUUGUGUUUAAAAGCAAAAAAUAA